AUUAGACCAGCCGCUACUGAUAACGCAAAGUGCAAACAAUGUAUCAUAAUAUUAUUGAUGUUUAAAAAUUGUAUUAAAUAAUUAGUCUUAUCAUCGUAAAUUUCCGUUUACUAGGACAAUGUCGGAUGCCCCAAGUCAGAUACCAGGAUUAAAACAGAAGAAAGUGUUUAAAAUAAUUGUGUUAGGUGAUUCUGGUGUUGGCAAAACGUGUUUAACUUAUCGGUUUUGCGAAGGACAGUUUUUAGAUAAAUCUGAAGCUACAAUCGGUGUUGAUUUUAGAGAAAGGAAUAUUAAAAUUGGUGGGGAAGAUAUUAAGUUGCAGCUAUGGGACACUGCAGGCCAGGAGAGGUUCCGCAAGUCAAUGGUGCAGCAUUACUACAGGAACGUCCAUGCUGUUGUCAUAGUUUAUGAUGUCACCAAACCUGAGUCAUUUCAUUCAAUUGCCAGUUGGAUGCAAGAGGUAGAGUCGCAUGGGCUAAUGCGGGCGCCGCGAGUCCUGGUGGGAAACAAGUGUGAUUGCGGCACUCCAGAAUCCAGGCUCGCCACCACGUACGCUCAGAGGCUGGCGGAUAAAUAUGGGAUGCCUCUGUUUGAAACAUCAGCGCUGCUAGACUCGGAGUGCGACAACGUGGAGUCGAUCUUCAUGACGCUGGCGCACAAGCUGUACUCCAAACAGCCUCUCAGGGUCGUCAGCGUUGAGGGGGAGCAAGGCCCAGGAGUUGUAAACCUUCAGCGCCAGAAACGCAGCACGAAUUCCAACGACAGCUGUCUAUGCAGCUAAACUGUCCCCACAUAGUCACUACGCAAUGUAACACAUAACUAUUCCGUCUAGCAUCCAUGACCAAUUGCCACGACAUACAUUUAGGCAUUUUUUAAAUAUUUAUGAAGCUGUCUAAUUUGCUAAAAUGCUUGUAGGUAAUAUAAGAUUAAAUUCUUUGGUGAAUCAUUCCUUUCAUUGGGUUCUAUUCUGAUUUUAUGGACAUUUAUUCACAUACUAAUAUGAUUAAUAUUGGCAUUUUUAUAGCAUUAAUACUUGAAAUAAUCUUGUAUUAAAACUGUAAUUUUAUAUAGACAGAAUAUUAUUUAUUAUCUAGACUUUAUGUGCUAGCAUAUUAUAUUGGUUGUGUCUAUGCUAGAUUUAAAUCUAUUAUUACGUCAAUCAUUCCAUUUAUUCGUCUGCCAAGUAAACAUUUAUACAUACGUAACAGUUAACAAUGCAUGCCUAAUUAAUCUGCUUAUUAUGUGAGAUUAUUAUGCAAAAUCUUGAGUGCAAUAUUAUUUAAAGAUAGUCAUAAAAAUUGUAGCUUUGAUUUCGUCUGCUAACAUAACAUAUUACACUAUUAUGAAGAGGCUACGUCAGGAAGAAAAUAAUGUACCUAUAACUUCUUUGUAAUUUUAGGCAGCUCUCUAUUUAUUUGUCUCUAAAGCAUAGAAAUAUGUACUCGUUUCAUAGGUCACUUCCGGUGAGCGUAAAGUCGUAACUAGGGCUAUAAGAAUGUUCAAAUACAGUAUAGUCUGGAAUUGUACCCAAUUGAUGGCAAUAGGCUAACUAUUAUCACAAAAAAUAAUAGAAGUUAUAUUAAUGUUAGUAUAUUGUUCAUCUGUCUUUCCCCUCAAGGGAAUGGUAAGAUGUAAAAUUAUGAAAAACACCAAAAAUAUACCUCGAACCUUCCAAUCGUAUAAGAUAUGGUAAAACGAACCUUGUGCCAAUAGUAAUUAUGAUGAAAUUGCAAUAAACUAUUCGUGGUGGUAAUGUAGGUCAAGUUUAAGUAAAUUAUAAAGUUUUAUAUAGCGUAACAGUAUUUUAUCUUCCAUAUUUUGUCGUCUAUUAAAUACAUGUUCGAUAUUUUUACCUUUGUAUUCUAAUAAUUCGAUUAAAUUAAUGUAAGAAUGGUUGGGGAAUUAUGUCAAACGCUCUUUAGUGGACUGACCGGACGAAUAGCAAAACGUCAAAAUAAAGAUAUAGGUUUAUGUUAAUUUUAAAUAUUUUAUUAUUAUUUUUAUAGAUAUUUUAUUUUUACCAAUUAUAGUUUAUUUCUCUCACUCAUAUUGAAAACAAGAAAGUUUUUUAGGUUUUUUUUCAAAGUUAAGUCAGUCUAAUUAUAUAGCGUUGGAUAUGCGCUGUGGAAUAACAAGAAAACAAUGUAUUUCAAGCCUUAUAUAAAACUGUAGACCGGUCGAUUAUGUAGGGAUACGUCAACAAACAAAUCCUAUGAAUUUUAAUAUUGUGUGUGAAAUGAUAAAAUUGUGUAACACUUAAUUUAUUUUUAUAUAAGAUUAGCAGUUGUAAGUAUUAGAGGGAGAACGUGAAAUCAUUGAGAUAUUAAUAAAUCGUUUUAUGUUGUUA